AUCCUGGUUUGCUUUCUCUCCCAAACCACAAAGAGCGAAUAUUUUUUCCUUUUUUGAAAAUUUUCUUUUCAGAAUAUCAUUUAUUUUCUUUGUUUUUCUGGUUUUCAAUUUCCUCGGUGGCUGUUUUUUCUCCGUCUCUCCUCUCCAUACACUCUCUUUGAAAAUCUCUCUCUCCUCUCUCUCAUUGCGACCAGAGCAGUUAUGGCUUUCAGAGGGUCGAAUGCUUCUUCUGGCAUGGGUGUUGCUGAGCACAGCAAGACCACAUACCUCGAGCUGCAGAGGAAGAAAGUGCACCGCUAUGUGAUUUUCAAGAUCGAUGAGAAGAAAAAAGAGGUUGUGGUUGAAAAAACUGGAGGCCCAGCUGAGAGCUAUGAUGACUUCACUGCUUCUUUGCCUGAGAGUGAUUGCCGAUACGCAAUUUAUGACUAUGACUUUGUGACUUCUGAGAACUGCCAGAAGAGCAAGAUAUUUUUUAUUGCAUGGUCUCCUUCUGUGUCAAGGAUCCGUGCCAAGAUGCUGUAUGCAACAUCAAAGGACAGGUUCAGAAGGGAGCUGCAGGGCAUCCAUUAUGAGAUCCAGGCAACUGACCCAACUGAGAUGGAUCUUGAAGUCAUAAGAGACCGUGCACAUUGAGUACUCACUUCACAGGAUUUCCCUAUCUUUUAGGGUUUUUCUUUGGUGACCUAAUGAAAUGCAAUUUCCUGCUGAUUAUGUGCAUUGUCUGCUCCUGACACAAAUUACAUAUAGCUUAACUAUUAAAUAAUUGGCACCUGGGAAGGCUGAUUAGGGGCUCUUGACUAUGAUACCCACUACAGGGGAAUUUGGGCUUCCUUAUUGCCAUGAUGCUUCUCAGGUGGUAUUCUGUGCAUUGAUAAUUUGACUGCUAUUCUACUAAUAUGGAUAUUGUAUCA